GACGCGCAUCUUACGACGCAGUUUGAUCUACUUUCCGUCAGCGGGUGCAUCGGGAAACCUGUUUUGUGCGCGCUUCGGUAAACCUUCAGUUGUCGCCCUGCCCGGCUUCUCACUUUUGUUUCUUACGUAUUCCGCCGUUUUCGAACUAAAUUAUAUUCCCAGCACAACUGAGGAUACAUAUAGAGAGCAGCGAUAGACCGUGCCGAUACAGGGUGUCAAGGCCGAGGCGUGGCACUGCCUCCCCACUAUGGUUGCGUGGGUCAUCACUUCAUUCUGCCUCACCUUUAAGUGAGGAGGAUAUAACAUUUGGGAAGUAGCGGAAUGCGUUUCUGGCCGCUUUUGUAAAACACCCGUAAAUUGCGAUGUAUUCUCUCUCUCUCUUUUUGUCCUUUGUCCCCUUGUAAUUCUGUUCGGCCACCGCUAGAGCGCCGCCGGUGAACAGAUGCAUAUAAAAAGGAGACCGAACGGUGGUAAAAUCAGCAGUUGGAGCGUCAGCAGCUGAAAAAGACCAUGAUCCGUGCCUGCAUUGUCCUGGCUCUGGCCACCAGCGCCUUCGCCGGCUACACCGGCGGCUACGGCCUCGGCCUUUCCCACUACGGCCUUGCUCACGGCAUCGGCUACUCUGGUCUUGGCCUCGGCUACAGCUACGCCCCAGCUGCCAGCUACGCCGUCGCCGCCCCAGCUGUUACCCGCACUGUGUCCACCUACCACGCUGCUCCAGCCGUGACCGCUGUUCACGCUGCCCCAGCCGUCGCCACCUACGCCGCUGCCCCAGCCGUGGCCACCACUGUUGCCCACGCCGCUCCAGUCGCCACCUACGCUGCCGCCCCAGUCGCCACUUAUGCUGCUGCCCCAGCUGUGACCACUGUUUCCCACGCCGCUCCAGUCGCCACCUACGCUGCUGCUCCAGCUGUGACCACUGUUUCCCACGCCGCUCCAGUCGCCAGCUACGCCACCUACGCUGCCGCUCCAGUCGCCACCUACGCUGCUGCCCCAGCUGUGACCACUGUUUCCCACGCCGCUCCAGUCGCCACCUACGCUGCUGCCCCAGCUGUGACCACUGUUUCCCACGCCGCUCCAGUCGCCACCUACGCUGCUGCUCCAGCUGUGACCACUGUUUCCCACGCCGCUCCAGUCGCCACCUACGCUGCUGCCCCAGCUGUGACCACUGUUUCCCACGCCGCUCCAGUCGCCACCUACGCUGCCGCCCCAGCUGUGACCACUGUCGCUCACGCCGCUCCAGUCGCCACCUACGCCGCUGCUCCAGCCGUCGCCACCAUUGCCCACGCUGCUCCAGCUGUGGCCACCACCACCGUCCACCACGCUGCCCCAGUCGCCACCGCUGUUGCCACCCCAGCCUUCGCUUCCUACCACGCCGCCCCAGUCUACGGCUACGGUGUUGGCUCCCUCGGCUACGGCGCUGGCCACUACGGUUUCGGUCACGGUCUCCUCGGCUACGGCCUGAACUACGGCUAUGGUCCUCGGCAGCGCCUACGACUACACCGCUCUCCUCCGCAGGAAGAAGUAAAUCUCCUUUGUAGGAAGCAGCAUAGUCAUCGUCAGAAGUUAGUAGAUUUAACAAAUUUAGGCCCCGUCUUCUUUUGUACCCUUUCAUCGUGGCACAAGAGAAAGGCGACAAUAAAAUUAACCAAUUUUGAAUUUGCACUACUGUCCACCAUGUUUCUUUCAGUAUUAUAGCCAUUUUUUAUUGUUUCAUUGUUUCAGCGUUGCUAUAU